AUGACGUCGCACACCACUUCCUUCACGCAGACCCCAAACCUCAGCAGUCGCCGGCCGUCCAUCAGCUCGAGGUUAUCGUUCGCGAUCUCCACUGCCGAAGAGGGCGGGGGCACGAGACGUAGAUUGCCGGCACAACAGCAGAUUGAAGAAGAGAUCGCUGAAAUCAAGAGAUAUGAGGACUUUACAACAAUAGACUGGGUUCAAGAUGCCGCGCGGGAACAAGCGCGCAGGAAGUCCCGGCGCCGUCGCCGGGCUGGCCUUGUCGACAACGGCAUGCCCGGAUGGAGGUAUCGCCUGUGGGAGUCAUACGACGCUGCACAAGGCUGGCUUGUUGUCACCCUGAUAGGCAUAGCCAUUGGUCUCAACGCCGCGUUUUUGAACAUCAUCACUGAGUGGCUGUCCGACAUCAAGAUGGGCUACUGUACGACCGCUUUCUACCUCAACGAGAACUUUUGCUGCUGGGGCGAGGACAAUGGCUGCGACGCAUGGCAUCGAUGGACUGGCUUAGGGCCCGCAAACUACUUCUUCUACAUCGUCUUCGCGACGAUAUUCGCAUGCACGUCGGCGACCCUUGUCAAGUCAUUCGCCCCAUACGCCGCAGGUUCUGGCAUCUCCGAAAUCAAAUGCAUCAUUGCCGGCUUUGUAAUGAAGGGCUUCCUGGGAUUCUGGACCCUGGUCAUCAAGUCUGUCUGCUUGCCACUAGCCAUCGCAUCGGGCCUCUCCGUAGGAAAGGAGGGUCCCAGUGUUCACUAUGCCGUCUGCACGGGCAAUGUCAUUUCGAGAUUAUUCGCAAAGUACCGGAACAACGCCUCGAAGACGCGGGAGAUUCUGAGUGCCUGCGCCGCGGCUGGCGUUGCUGUCGCCUUCGGAAGUCCCAUUGGCGGGGUUUUAUUCUCCCUUGAGGAGAUGUCCAGCUAUUUCCCGUUAAAGACCCUUUGGCGAAGCUACUUCUGUGCCCUGGUUGCUGUUGCUGUCUUGGCAGCCAUGAACCCCUUCCGAACCGGCCAACUGGUCAUGUUCCAGGUCAGCUAUGACCGCGACUGGCACUUCUUUGAAACGUUCUUCUACAUUGUCUUGGGUAUCUUCGGUGGCCUCUAUGGUGCCUUCGUCAUGAAGUGGAAUUUGCGGUACCAGGCAUUCAGAAAGAAGUAUUUGUCCAAGUAUCCCGUACUCGAGGCAACUCUCCUCGCCUUUGCGACGGGCAUCAUCUGCUACCCCAAUGUGUUCUUACGGAUUGACAUGACAGAGAGCAUGGAGAUCCUGUUCCUCGAGUGCGAGGGCGGCGAAGAUUAUCACGGCCUCUGUGACAAGGAAAAGCAAUGGUGGAACGUCUUCUCGCUCUCUAUAGCGACUGUCCUGAGAGUAUUCUUGGUCAUUAUCUCCUAUGGCUGCAAAGUCCCGGCAGGCAUAUUCGUACCAUCCAUGGCUAUUGGCGCUUCAUUUGGGCGGACCGUGGGCAUUCUGGUUGAAAUGUUGUACCAGGCGAAUCCGCAGAGCGUAUUCUUUGCCGCUUGCAAGCCUGACGAGCCUUGUAUUACUCCUGGAACCUACGCCUUCCUCGGAUCAGCUGCCGCCCUGAGUGGCAUCAUGCACAUCACGGUCUCCGUGGUCGUCAUCAUGUUUGAACUCACCGGAGCCCUGACCUACAUCCUGCCGACCAUGAUUGUGGUUGGUGUCACGAAAGCAGUUAGCGACCUUUUCGGCCACGGCGGAAUCGCUGAUCGCAUGAUUUGGUUCAGCGGAUUCCCUUUUCUCGACAACAAGGAAGAGCACAAUUUCGGCGUCCCUGUAUCUGAGGUUAUGGGUGACUCCGUCGUCUUCUUACCCGCCGAGGGCAUGGUGAUCGAAGAGAUUGAACAACUAAUGGAAGAACACAAGUAUCAAGGAUUUCCCAUUGUGGAAGAUGCCAGGACCAAAAUCUUGGCUGGCUAUAUCGGUCGUACCGAGUUGCAAUAUGCCCUUGAACGGAUCAGACGAGAAAGGACCAUCUUGCCUCGGACCAAGUGCAUUUUCAUGCAGCCAGCAUCGCAUGGCUCACCGAACCCGAACACGCCCUCUGCAUCGGCCAACCCCGACUCAACACCCGCCAGCACCGUCGAUUUCAGUCGCUACAUUGACAGCACCCCCGUCACGGUCCAUCCCCGACUCCAGCUCGAGACGGUGAUGGAGUUGUUCCGCAAGAUCGGACCCCGUGUCAUUCUAAUCGAGUACCAUGGCAAGCUCGCUGGCCUCGUGACGGUCAAAGACUGCCUCAAGUACCAAUUCAAGGUCGAGGCGGCCGAAAAUCCGCGCGUCGACCAUCACCUUGUGGAGGGUCAGGAGAGACUUUGGACCUUUAUACGCGGGGCCGCGGGGUGGGUGUCCGGCAAAGUAUCACGCGCUUCUGGUGGCAGGAUUCGUCUGAGUUCUGUUGAUGAGCCACGGAGAUUUGGCGGGCCCAGCAGCAGUCGGCAGGGCACCCAGAUCAUGGACGGCGAUGAGGAUGAUAUCCACGAUGGAGGCGUGGAGCUUGAGCACCGCUGA